AUGCAGUAUCUCGAUGGACGCGAUCUACUUGGUCGGCCCGCCAAGAUCAAGCCAUGUGUUCCCAAGAAAAACCGUGACGGCAACUUGAUGACGCCUUCUGGCUUUGUGUUCGACCGGUGGGAGAGGGAUGAUGCGUCCGAUCAUUUUAAGGGCUAUUCGGAGGCAGGCCGUCGUUUGCGGGUCAGUGGAUUGCCAAAGCCAGGUACUCAAGUUUUCAUGAAUGAGAAAAUUCGUGGAUUCUUUAAGGACUUUAGCAUUGAAGCGAUAAGCAAGACGAUUUCUCCUCAUUAUUCAGGACGAUCCGCGCGAAACCAUCCUCACUACCUCUAUGUCGAUUUCGCUAGCUCCCAGGAAGCUGAAGCCGCCUUGAGCGCUUUGGAUGGUGUUGUAGGCCCAUGGGGAACUGUAUUGAGGCUGUCCAAGGCUAAAGGAGACUCCCAAAAAUUUAAUGAAUAG